UUUCACAAGCCAAAACCCUCUUCAGUUCUCUCAUUUCCAACCCCAAGAAGACCACCCCUUCUCACCCCAGAGUAUUUAACUCAAUCCUUCAAUCAUUUUCUUCGAUCUCAACUCUCCAAGAUGCAAUCUUUUUCAUGAACCACAUGGUGAAGACCCACCCGCCCUUUUCUCCGGACAGGUCUACCUUCCAUAUUCUUCUUAUACAGGCUUGUAAAUCAUCGGACGAAUCUUUAUCCCCAGUGCACCAGGUACUCAAUUUGAUGAACACCAAUGGGUAUCCUCCUGAUAUGGUCUCCAUGGAUAUUGCUGCAAGGACCCUUUGCAUCUCUGGUCAUGAAGAGCAUGCCAUUGAUCUAGUGAAGGAUUUUUGUAGUAAGAACGUACUUCCUGAUUCCCAUACUUACAAUUUUCUCGUGAGGCAUUUGUGUAAGAAUAGAUCAGUGAGCGCCAUGAAUGGUUUUGUCCAAGAUAUGAAGGAGAAUUUCAGAAUAAAGCCCGAUCUAGUCACUUACACUAUAAUGAUAGAUAAUGUUUGUAAUAACAAAAAUAUCCGGGAGGCAACCCGGCUUUUGGGUGUUUUGAGUGAGGAAGGCUAUAAGCCAGAUUGCUAUGUUUACAACACAAUUAUGAAGGGUUAUUGCAUGUUAAGCUCUGGGGGUGAAGUGUUGGGUGUGUAUAAGAAGAUGUUGGAAGAAGGUGUGAAACCUGACCUUGUGACGUAUAAUACAUUGAUAUAUGGGCUCUCUAAGUCGGGCCGGGUCCAACAGGCCAAAAAGUUUUUGGGUGUAAUGGUUGGAAAUGGUCAUUUUCCAGAUGCUGUCACAUAUACUUCCUUGAUGAAUGGGAUGUGUAGGGAGGGAGAUGCCAAGGGAGCAUUGUCAUUGCUGGAGGAGAUGGAAGCAAAGGGAUGUGAACCUAAUUCUUGCACGUACAAUACAUUGCUUCAUGGGCUAUGCAAGGCUAGGUUGUUGGAAGAGGCGGUUGAAUUGUAUGGCAUGAUGAAACAGAAUGGCAUCAUGCUCGAGUCAGGUGCGUAUGGGACAUUUGUUAGAUCUCUUUGCCGGAAUGGAAGGGUUGCAGAGGCUUAUAAAGUGUUUGACUACGCAGUGGAUAGUAAGAGUUUGAAUGACGUGACGGCAUACACCACACUGGAGAGUACUUUGAAAUGGCUGAAAAAAGCCAGAGAACAAGGACUUGCUGCAUAGCCUAUGCAUCUGGUAUUUGUUUUCCCUCCUUCUAUGGCUGUGUUUGGAUCACAGAAAAUAUUAGGGAAGGUUAGAUUAUGCUGGGAAAGGUAUUUUGUAUGCUUGGUUUUACCUACGGAAAUGCAAAGGAAAAUGGAACAUGAUUAAUGUUUUUAAAUUUCUUACAUGUAUUAAGGUUUCACAGUAUAAGAAGUGAAUUUGAACAAACAUUUAAAUCAAAUUUAUUGAGCUUGGGCCAGUGUUUUUUCC